AUGACCAAGGCCCCUUUCUCCGUCGAAUGGUUGUCCCAGAGCAGCCAGGCUCUCAAGAGCCCCACCGAGGGCUCUCCGCAGCGAGCAUCCUCCGCGGGCCACCGGCCCGGCUCUGGCUCCAGUCCUGGCUCUGGCUCCAGCCCCGGCUCGAGCGAGCGGAGCCGGGAGCAGUCCGCCGGGCCGCGGGCCGGGAGAAGCGGCAGGAGCAGGGAGCGCGUGGCGGCCACUCCCGCUGCAGGAGCAGACGGGCGGCCGUCGGGAGCGGGGCAGCCCGUGCCUGAGGAGGGUCCCGAGGAGCCCGGCGGCCGCGGCGGGCGGCGGCUGCGCACGGCGUUCAGUGCCGAGCAGAUCAGCACCCUGGAGAGCUCCUUCCAGCGGCAGCAGUACCUGGGAGCCGCCGAGCGCCGGCAGCUGGCGGGCAGGAUGCGCCUCUCCGAGGUGCAGAUCAAGACUUGGUUUCAGAACCGCCGGAUGAAGCUCAAGCGGCAGCUGCAGGAGUUGAGGACGGAGGCUUUCUGCAGCCCCCCUCUCCCUUACGGACCUCAGGGCGGUGUGGUGCCCUUGCCUCUCACAUACGUGGCCCGACCACCACCUCUGCCCCGGCAAGGGGCCGCCUCUGAGGGCUUCACCUUGGCGGCCCUGCCAGCACCCGCCCUGGACCUCAACAGCGCCUGCAGAACACAACCAGUAGGCUUUUGGGCGGCACCCUGCUUUGUGGGGUACAGGGAUCCCAGAGCUUUCUUGCUGGGUGUCUGACCCUCUGAUAUGGACUAUGACUAAAGAGGAUUUGCACUACCGAUAGAUAUUUGGGCUGCCCUUGUCUGUAACUGCCUGGCGGAGUUAUGAUGCAGCACUGAACAAAACAUUUUACAAAGACAUGCUGGACAACCUGGACUACGGACUUCAGGCCUCUGCAUUUAUAGGCAACUAUAAAAUAGAAACAGAGUGGGACAAACACUAAUAUAAAUGGAAUCCUUUAAUAAACCUAUUUUUUUUCCAGCUUUCAUGUGAAUUCCUUCCACAGGGAUUGUAGAGCUAUUCAUUCUGCCCCCAAAGAAAGCUCCUCUCCAUUAAAGGAAGCACAGACUCCUCAUUAUCUAGAUUUGUUCUGCCCCUCUGCAAUUUACUGAGCACGAGUGCAAAAAAGUGCGAAUUUCCCCCUGCCUUCUAAAAUAAGUAUCCAACCCCUUCAGCUACUUCCUAGAUGGGAUUUUCUGUCAUGGGACUCUGCCUUUAACCAAAUAUGUGGAUACACCUGUUACUUAAUAUUGGGCUUGCUAUAGUAGUGGAACAGAUGUUUUUGUUGGAGACCCUUCAAAAACAUAUUUGUAGUAUCUUGAGAUGUAAAAAGUUGCUUUCUAAAUAAGUAUGAUAAUAUAUCUUCAUUCUUUCACGUGCAGCCUCAGUAGAUUAGUAAGAACAUCUUACCUAAACAGAUCAUGGAAAGGAUCUUGAAAUUUCUAAUCUACAAAAUAGCAUCUCAUCAUCUCACAUGCAGGUAAUGGGGUAUGAGGGUGAUGAUCAAAAGAAAUUUAACAUUCUAGUGCUGUUUUUCUGUAAGUGGUAGUAAAAUUCCUUCCCACUGUGUUGUGCACUUUUAAAAUUUGAAUAAUGUUCUAGUAAACUGAUGGUCAAAAUGGCCUGAUUUCAGGCCAGAGAAAGGGCUCUGAGAAGUGAUCCUUGACUCACGCAAGUUGACAUAAAUCUUUCAGUCAAUUGUCAACUAACAUGAAAAGAGCAAUAAAUAUUUCCACUUUAGAGGUGAUCUCAGGGAUUAUUGAAAUAUUUCCGGCACAUUUGUAAUCUGGGUUUCUGUAAUGAAUGGUCUGAAGGUUCUCUGUCAGUAUCCUUGAAAACGACUCUCUUCUUUUGUGUACAGGGGUCAAUCUGCCACUUGAGUACAUUUGUCUAGUAAAAAGCAACAUGUGCCGCUUCGGGCAGCGGGUUUUGCAGACACAUUUGGAAGUCUCAUUAAUUAUUUUGUAAUCCGUGCUGUAUUUUUCUAGCCUUUUGAGAUACUACUAUUUGUUUGCAAUUGAUUAAAAUUCCCAUUCAAUGGAGGCUUAUUUCUCGAAGUCAGGUAUUACUAAACUCUUAUUUAUUCGAAGAAAUCUCUCGGACUCCUUCAAAUGUCAUUAGGAAACUGGAAUGUCUCCAGAAAGCUCUGAAAUGGUGAAUAUUUUCCUCUUGCUCUAAAGCAAUGACGUUUAGAAUACCAAAAUAG